ACGAUUUAUAUCUUUAUGGAGCUCAUAAAUAGUUUUAUGAAUAGGGCGGAUCACAUGGGGUUGGUCCUAAGGCCCCACCCUGUGGAAGGUGUCAAUGAAGGCAUUCUGUGGAAAAAUGAGUGCUCUUAGCCCCAGUAAGGAAAGAAGAGCUGGAGGUGCGAUUACACAUAACUUUUGUAUACGCCGCCCUUUUCCCUAGCUAGCUUCCUGCUCACAUGAGUUGACAAGCUGAGAGUGUAAAAGAGGAAAGAGAAGAGCAUUCUGAAAAAGAAGAAAAAAAUGGGGGGACCCUUCAACCUGAAAAGAUCUAGUGAAAUCUGACUCUCUCUCUAAACUUGUAACUUGCUUCUCAAGUAUACUGAUAUUCCCUUAAAAGGGUGAAGAUAGGAGGGGAGAGGCAGUGUUGGAGUUUCUUCCCCUGCUUGGAAACGGAACCAAAGACGUCUGCAAACAGGUCCCUGGGAAUGACAACAGGUUCCAAGGCUUCAUGGCUGGGGCUGGCAUAGAACCUCCCUGUCUGAUGCCCAUUCUGCCGACUGACCAGCCUCUUCCUAUUGAGUGCCAUAAUCGCCAUUCACACUGCCAUGUUGUCGGAGGCAAAGUGGAAGAGCCUCCGUCACACCUUGCUGGUGCUCUUCACUGCCACAGUUCUCAUUGGGGUCACCUUGCUGGCCCUAUCCUCUAACAUGAACCCUGUAGGAUUUUUCUUCAUCGCAGUUGCAGCGUUGUGCUUGAUUGGCUACCUCAUUAGUGUGGCAGUACAGCAAUACUUGAAGCAUCAGAAUCCAGUGGAAGAAAACCAAGCAGCCCAAAGGAGACAAAGCCAGGGACGAGACAAUGCAGCAUACGAAGCACCAGCAUAUGAGGAGGUGGUGGCUACCGGCUACUUAUCUGAAUCCGCGCCAACAAUCUGGACCAUCACUUCCAGCCCUGGAACAACUCUGGGGGAGCCCCCACCCUACAGUGUGGUUAUUGAGCCUCCUGCCCACGGAGAGACAGUGGUGGGGUCCUUCAGUGUCUCAGUGGCACCAGGUGCACGCCGUGCCUCUGAGGCGGACUUGCACUCGAAGGUUCACCUCAGAUUGGUACUUCCCCCGAGAUUGCAGCGGGUGGUUUCAGAUACCCACGAACUCAAACGGAUUGAAGACCGGCCGGAACGGAUUGAGCCGCUCACUCCACCCCCUGCUUAUGAGAAUGCGACAGAGGACGAGGUCUUUGAGGAAGAUUUCCAGCCCUCCAGAGUAUGACUCAAAAGACUAGAAACUGGCCAUGUUCCCAAACUGCUUCCUUCAAACUUGUGAGGAUCUUGACUACUGCACUGCACUAGGUAUCUGAAACAAAGGCUGUAUAUAGCUCAACUCCUCCUCUUUGUCCACAUUUUGCAAGAAAUGUACAGUAUCUGCUACAGGCAUGCUGCCGUGAGAGGUCUUCCCUGUUCUUUGGUGGCGACGUCGGGUUAAAACAGGAUCUUCUGACAUUCUGUUAUGUGGCCUGACAUUCUCAUAAUGUCAUUUGCAUGUUCUUGGCCUUGUUAUAGAGGCUGCUUGGAAACCAGGACUGGAGAUAGUUGGACUGGCUGGUAAGGGUUCCAAAGAGACAGAUUCUGUGAAUUGCUGUGGAUAUGAACAGCCAAACACCCUGUCCCAUAUACAGACAAUAUGUAAUCAAUACAGAAUUGGGGAAGACUGGUAAAGAAGGCAUCAAUGAACUGUGGAUGGCUAAAAAGCAUCCAGGAUUUACAUCUCUGCACUGAAUCAAAUUGAUUACUUAAAAUAUUCUGCAAUAUUCUAAUUUGUUCUUCCUCAGGCAAUCAGGAUUUGAAAUAAAUCAGAUGUGAAUACUUGGUUGCUCUGAAUAUAUAGCAAUUUCUUAUGGAGACUGUGGGCUAAGACUAUUAAGAAAUUCGCCAAAUGUAAUAUAAUAAUUAGUUAGGCAAUCCAUAUUUCUUUAUUGAUGAACCACCUGGGUGUUAAAGAUGUAAAAUUGUGUGCCCUGAUGGUAUAAAAACACACUGGUUGCAUAAAAGUGAAUAAUGAAACAAAAAGGUUUCUGCCUUGCAGGACUUAAAAAAAAGUUGUCUGGUGAAUAAAAUAUUAAAAUUUAAAUCCAACUGUUAAUCUAAUCUAGAGUAGUCUCACUGAAUUAAGGGAAUAGACACUGAUUUAUCAAAUCCUGUUGAUUCAAUAAAUCUUGUCUCGGGCAAUAACAAAUGAAUUUAGCCCUUAAUCAGUGAAAAUUAUAUGAAUCCAAAUUUAUGUUGGUUAUGUAUCCAAAUAAUGUAUAAUGGCUGAAAUCCCAUUGCUUAGCAUACUAAAUUGCACUAGAUUAGGCCCACUGAAUCAGUGGAGAUUUGUUGAGUCUAUUCGUCCACAGGUUUCAUUGCUUCCAAUAGGCCUACUCUAAUUGCGACUUCCUUAAGCAUUUUAAGUUGCAACUAGAGUAGGCCCAUGUGAAUCAAUGGAACCUACAGGAGAGUUGACUCAUUGAUUCAGUAAUCUGCUCUAGUGCAGUUCACUAUGCUGAGCAACAGAAUUUCAGCCAGUGUAUAGAAAAUCACGUUUGGCAUACAACAUCCAAAACAAUAAAUGGAUGGAAUACAUUAAUUGAGCAAGUUUUUUUUCUUCAACAUUGCAAGCAGUAUGACUUCAGGAAUAUUUUGAAGCAGAAUAUUAUCCAAAUAGUUAUUGUGCUUAUUUUUCUAAAUGUCAUGUACUCUCUGGUGGAAAAACGCAAAGGCAGGCUGAGGUCAGGUGAGGGGUAUCUGUGGAAACUGGUAAAAAAAAACAGAUGAAGAAGGAGUUUUACUACAUUUGGUCCACUCAAGCUGGAUCAUGACUAGGUAAACAAAGGAUUUACUCCUUUGCAUAGGCUUUUGCUCUAAUUCUAUGUGAGUAUGCUUUCUCCAGACAAUGAAUACGCUCUUAAGAAUGCUUACUCAGAAGUAAAUCAUAUAUGAGAUACCUUGGAGAUACCUAAAGGAAUUGAUGGUUGUUGUAGGUUUUUCAGGCUCUUUGGCUGCGUUCUG